CUUUCAAUCUCUCUAAAACCUUACAUUUUUCCGUUGACUUCUUUUCCUCAUUACGUCAACCAUCUCUUUGUUGCUCUAUUGGGAAACUCUAUAUUAGUCGUCAUUUCCUCUUUGUGGACUAAAGUUUUUAGAGAGGUGAUGGGUAGAUCUCCUGGAUUUGGUGGCUGGAUCAAUCAGAACACUCAACAGCCUUCUAAGGAUGAGUGUAAGAGAUCUGAAAAUGUUAAAUCUAAGUCAAGGCCAGAGAUAAAUACUCAAGAGGAAAGAGAUGAAAUGAAGGAGCAAUUAAAACUUUGGAGACAUGCAGAGAAGAAAGAGCAAUGGGAAGAUUUCCCUCCUAAGGUAAAGGUGGAAACAGAAGAUGGCAUUUGCCAUGUGGACAUAGUGUUUGUAUUAGGAUUGCCUCCUCAAGCAGCUUACGACGUUUUAACUAAUCCAGACAACCAACCAUACUCUAGAAUAAUCAAUCGGCGUCACGAACUUUUGGAAAACGUGUCAAGAAAAGUGGUGUCCGAUGAUGGAUCAAGGAAGACAGUGGAGGCGGAGAAAGCUGUGGCUUGGAAGUUUCGCUCGUGGUCUGGAACUAUCCCUAUAACUCUAGAUUUCGUCGAAAACCGUAAAAAUCUUUCUGCAGUGUAUGUGAAAAACAAAAUGAUGUUCAUGAAAACUUUUGAGGGUAGUUGGAAAGUGGAACCAAUAUACGUGGUUUCAGAACGCUUGUGCAAGAACGUGAAGCCAAGGAGUCGAGAAGAAUACAAGAAAUGUAGCGGUGGACAAGGAAAGAUUGCGUCCAAGGUGACAAUGAACCAGACCUUUCAACCCUCUUCUCUUUUGAAUCUGCCACCACUUUCUUGGUACAUCCGUAAGAUCACUGUCAAGAUCACCAAGACUCUCGUAGAAGAUCUUCAAGAUAUGGGCGCCAAGAUUCGUGGUGUUUGAAAAUGCCCUCAAAUUUUAGUUGCUACCGUUUUGGUAUAAACAUUUAAUAGUGUUCUUGAAUCACUUUAUUAUAUCAUCCGAAUAGAAGAAUACUAAUAUUUAAAGUCACUUUGUUCAUCACAAUACUAGUAUGCUUUACUGAAUACAAAAGUUUGAGUAUCAUGUUAUUA